AUGUCAUUGAGAGCACCAAAAAUUACUUACAAGGCGUGGACUUAUAAAAACGGUAGCAGUCCAAUCAAACUCGUUGAUGAGACAAUCGAUCUAGUUAAGGGCCCCAAUGGCGAAUACGUUGCCCCUGACGGUAAGAUCUUGGUCAAGAUCAACUAUGCUUCAUUGAAUCCAGUUGAUUACAAAGUUUAUCAAAAGACACCAUGGAUAUUAUCCUUUUACAAUACAAAAAAGGGAUUUGGUAAAGAUUUUUCUGGUCGAGUAUUAUCAGUUGGAGCUAAUGCUCCAACUGAUGUUAAAGUGGGCGAUAUCGUCCAAGGUUUAAAUUGGCCGAUUUAUGGUGGUGGAUCAUGUGCACAAUACUUGUUGGUUAAUCCAGUUUGGUCACCAAUUACUACUGUGCCAACAAAUAUCGAUUUAAUUGAAGCUGCUUCAUUCCCAUUGGUUUUGGGUACUGCUAUGCAAAUGACUCGUGAUAUGAAAUUCAAAGGCAGUAAAGUAUUAAUAUUGGGAGCUGGUACUUCUGUCGGUAGGUAUAAUGUUCAAUUAGCAAGAAUUGGAGGUGCUAAAGAGAUUGUCACUACUAAUUCAAGCAAGACGAGUGAAUUGAUAACCGAGUUAGGAUCUACUUCACAAAUUGAUUAUCAUAAACAUCCAAACUUCUUAUACCCGGUAUUGGAAAGUGUUAAACAAUCAGACAAAUUCGACUAUAUUAUCGAUUGUUGGGGCGGUGAUCAAUUAUUUCCAGAAAUUGACUCUAUAAUUAAGAAAGGUGGUAUUUAUUAUACUAUAGUUGGUGAUAGUCCAGGAGUUGGAUGGGAUGCCAUCGUAGGAACAGCUAAAGCAAGAAUUAGAAUGAUUGGAUCGAGAUUAGGAUUAAUCAAGUAUCAUUAUACCAUUGGAUUACUUAGUUCAAACAGAGGUAAUAGAGGGUGGAUUAAUUUAGCCAGAGAUUUGCUUCAAGAAGGAAAAUUACAAAUUUUUGUUGAUUCAGUUUACCCAUUUGAUGAAUUGCAUGAAGCUAUCGAUAAAUUGGAGAAUGGUAGAGCCCAGGGCAAGAUUGUUUUGGAAGUUGCAAAACCAAAUGAGGAAAACCACAAUCCAUUCAAAUAA